ACACCAACCGGUGACCUCGAUUGGUCCAGUCCCCGUCUUGUAACGUUAUCUUAUCUUCGGUCAGAGCAUCCUUGUCCGGCAUUCACCGAAGCAGUCCGAGCUUCCGAACAUCGAACCACUGUCUCAACAGCACCUUGAUUCCGCAUCUCCCGUCAUCCAUCAGGAUGCACUCCUCACCAUGGAGGUGACAUUCAGACGCUCAGCGGCUCUUGUAGCCCAGACCGGGGGGCUGCGACGCUCGAUUGCCGUAUCCGCAGCCGCAGCCGUCAACCGCCGACACUUCUCCCUCUCCAGCCUCACCCGCCCGCCGCCCAACUACCCAGGCCAUGUGCCGCUGACCACUCUCGAAAAGGCCGCCCUGGCCAUUGGCUCCGGGCUAAUGUCCCUUCGCGACCCGCGGCGAGGAGACCUGAUCGCCGCCUUUGCCGAGGCCACGGCGACUCCCUACUUCAUCUACCGGCUGCGCGACGCCAUGCUGGCCCACCCGACGGGGCGGCGCAUUCUGCGGGACCGGCCGCGCAUCACGUCGACGUCGCUCAACCUGCCCUACCUGCGGUCCUUACCCGCCAACGCGGUGGGGCGCACCUACGUGGCGUGGCUCGACCGCGAGGGGGUGUCGCCCGACACACGUGCGGCCGUGCGCUACAUUGACGACGCCGAAUGUGCCUACGUCAUGCAGCGCUACCGCGAGUGCCACGACUUUUACCACGCCCUGACCGGCCUGCCCGUGUACCGCGAGGGCGAGGUGGCGCUCAAGGCGUUUGAGUUUGCAAAUACGCUCCUUCCAAUGACCGGGUUCAGCGUCUUUGCCGCUGCGACGCUGAAACCUAGCGAGAGAAGGCGCUUUGUUAGCAUCUACCUCCCUUGGGCUCUCCGAAACGGGCUGAGGGCCAAGGAGAUUAUCAAUGUGUACUGGGAAGAGCAGCUAGAGAGGGAUGUCGGUGAGUUGAGGAGCGAGUUGGGCGUUGAGCCCCCGCCGGAUUUGAGGGCUAUCCGUCAGCGAGAGAGGGAGGAGAGACGGAGGAGGAAGGAGGAGGCUGAGAGGGAGAGCGGAAGGGGAAGGGCAGCCGGGUUGUAGAGCGUGUGAUAGGUAUGAGGCUGUUCAAAAAGGACCACCCGUGUAAGAUUAAAGAUGUACGAUAUCAGCCCGAACACAGUAAAACCGGCAGACCGCUUUGCCGGGGUAGCAGGAAGCAUCCAGAACCACUAGUAAACGUUCCU